AUGGCCAAGCCUAGAGUCAGAGUUCGGGGUGGAGAAUACCCAAGGGUAGGAACACAGGGAACCAUGGUUUGCACCAAUGAGCUGGGUGAUGCCGGCGUGCACCUGGUGCUCCAGGGCCUGCAGAGCCCCACCUGCAAGAUCCAGAAGCUCAGCCUCCAGAACUGCUGCCUGACGAAGACUGGCUGCGGGGUCCUGCCCGCCGUGCUGCGCUCCAUGCCCACCCUGCGGGAGCUGCACCUCAGUGACAACCCGCUGGAGGACGCAGGCCUGCAGCUGCUGUGCGAAGGGCUCCUGGACCCCCAGUGCCACCUGGAGAAGCUCCAGCUGGAGUAUUGCAACCCGACGGCCGCCAGCUGCGAGUGCCUGGCCUCGGCGCUCAGGACCAAGCAGCACUUCAAGGAGCUGGCGGUGAGCAACAACGAGAUCGGUGAGGGCGUGCGGGUGCUGUGCCGGGGCCUGGUGGAGUCAGCCUGUCGGCUGGAGACGCUCAAGCUGGAGAACUGUGGCCUGACGCCGGCCAGCUGCGAGGACCUGCGCGCUGUGGUGGCCUCCAAGACCUCGCUGCGGGAGCUGGACCUGGGCGACAAUAAGCUGGGUGACCAGGGCAUCGCGGUGCUGUGCCCCAGCCUGCUGCACCCCAGCUGCCAGAUCAGGGUCCCGUGGCUCUGGGAGUGUGACGUCACCGCCACGGGCUGCAGGGACCUGUGCCGCGUGGUCAGCGCCAAGGAGAGCCUGGAGGAGCUGAGCCUGGUGUGCAACGCGUUGGGGGACGAGGGCGCGCGGCUGCUGUGCGAGAACCUGCUGGAGCCCCGCAGCCGGCUGCAGUCCCUGUGGGUGAAGUCCUGCAACUUCACGGCCGCGUGCUGCCACCACUUCGGCACGAUGCUGACCCAGAACAAGCACCUGGUGGAGCUGCAGCUGAGCAACAACAAGCUGGGGGACUCCGGCGUCCGGGAGCUGUGCCAGGCUUUGCAGUUUGUUGAGGGUCAAUGA